AUGGUCACAGAGCCCAAGUCCGGCCAGUGGGAGGAUGACUCAGGGACGGCCCCGGCCAUGAGCAGCAAGGAGCCGACCACCACCUUCUGUAUGCUCAUCCCCAGGAUGCCCCAGUGGAAAUUCGCGGGCCCCUCGGGCUUCCUCAGCCGCAGCCCGUCCAGCGCCAGCAAGGAUCUGGCCCCCGCCAAAGUGGGGGGCCCGGGGGAGGCUCCCCCGACCCCGGGGUCGGGCUUGGCCGCCGUGCUGAGCGCCUGCGAGCCCGUCUGCUCCACCCCAUGCUCCUUGCAGGUUAUGAGCCGGUUCAGGGGCAGCGGAGGGGCCAGGAAGGCCUCCCGGGUGGAGGGGGUGAAACUGGCCGGGAACGAGUGGAAUCGCAAAGGAAGCUUCAUCCAUAAGCCCGCCCAGGGCUGGCUGCACCCAGACGAGAGAGUGCUGGGCCCGGGGGUCUCCUAUAUCGUUCGGUACAUGGGCUGCAUCGAGGUGCUCCGCUCCAUGAGGUCCUUGGACUUCAACACUCGCACCCAGGUCACCAGGGAAGCCAUCAACAGACUGUACGAGGCAGUACCGGGGGUCAAAGGCACCUGGAAGAAGAAGGCUCCCAACAAAGCUCUAUUCUCUAUCCUGGGGAAAAGUAACCUCCGCUUUGCUGGCAUGAGCAUCGCUGUCAACAUCUCCAUCGAUGGGCUCAACCUCAUGGUACCCACCACCCGUCAGAUCAUUGCUAACCAUCACAUGCAGUCCAUCUCCUUCGCCUCCGGUGGGGACACGGAUAUGGCGGAUUAUGUGGCGUACGUGGCGAAGGAUCCCAUUAAUCAGAGAGCCUGCCACAUCCUGGAGUGCUGCGAAGCCCAGAGCGUCAUCAGCACCGUGGGACAGGCCUUUGAGUUGCGCUUCAAGCAGUAUCUGCACAGCCCCCCCAAAGUUGUCGUCCCCCCCGAAAGGAUGACAGGGACUGAGGAGUCGGCCUGGGGGGAGGAGGACGAGCCGGCUGAGCAUGACUACUACAACAGCAUUCCGGGCAAGGAGCCUCCUCUCGGGGGUCUCGUCGAUUCACGGCUCCGGCCAUCCGGCCAUGGCCACACCCAGCCGCCAGGCUCCGGCUCCUUCGGCCAGCUGGGAUCGCCCGCCCGACGAGAUCAGAGUACCCAUCCCGCCCUCCACUGGGACCUCAGCCUCCAUGGCCAGACCUGCGACGGCUACCUCAAUGCCGACAGCCGGGCCCUGGGCUUGCGGGACUAUGAAGAACACAUGUAUGUGAACACUCAGAGCUGGGAGGUAGAGGCCAGAGCAUCUGAGGAGAGCCCCAAGAAGGACUUGUUUGACAUGAAGCCCUUCGAAGAUGCCCUGAAACUUCAUGAAUGUACAGUGGCUGGGGGGCCGUUGGGCAGCACCCUGCCCAUCGAGGACCAGUGGCCCAGCCCACCCACCCGCCGCGCCCCCAUCGCCCCCACAGAAGAACAGCUCCGACAGGAGCCAUGGUACCAUGGCAAGAUGAGCCGGAGGGAUGCGGAGAAGCUGCUCCGGGCGGACGGGGACUUCCUGGUGAGGGACAGCAUCACCAACCCUGGGCAGUAUGUCCUGACGGGAAUGCACGGAGGGCAGCCCAAGCACCUGCUCCUGGUGGACCCUGAGGGUGUGGUCCGGACGAAGGACGUGCUGUUUGAGAGCAUCAGCCACCUGAUCGACUAUCACUUACAAAACGGACAGCCCAUCGUAGCAGCCGAGAGCGAGCUGCACUUGCGGGACAUGGUGAAGCGGGAGUCCUGAGUUGGGGCCCAGGCUUCGGACCGAUCGUCGCUCUCCGUCGGCCCGUGGGCACGGAGCCGCCCCCCGUCCCUUUGCAUGAGCCGAAGGGGCCAUCGCGUAAGCGGGGCCGGCCGGCCAGGACGUCAGGGAAACCCCCCGCCCCCCCACCCCGAGUGCGUUCACCGGAGUGAACACGCACGCACCAAAGAUGCAUCCUUUUCUGACUUUUUGUAUAGACGAUCAUUAUUCUGGAUGAGAAUCCAUCUUCAGAGUCA